AUGAAGUGCAUCGCGAUUGCUACCGCCGUUGCGGCCUUUGCCAACGUUGCGCAAGCCCACUACAUCUUCCAAACUCUUACUGCCAAUGGUGCCAAGGGUGCUCUUUUCCAGAACAUUCGCCCCGUCCCUAACAACAGCCCUGUUACCGACCUUGCGGAUAAGAACUUGAGGUGUAAUGCAGGAGGGAACUCAGGUAGCGGCACUACAACCGUCUCGGUAGCUGCUGGCUCCACCGUCUCGUUCACCGCAGACCAGGCGGUCUACCACCAGGGACCUGUCACUUUCUACAUGACAAAGGUCGACUCUGCAGCUGCCGCAGACGGAUCCAGCGACUGGUUCAAGAUCAAGGAGAUCGGACCCACCUUCUCUGGUGGCCAGGCUAGUUGGGACAUGAGUGCUACGUACUCUACGACCAUUCCUUCGCAGAUCCCUGCCGGAGACUACCUGCUCCGCAUCGAGCAGCUCGGUAUUCACAACCCUGGUAGCCCGCCUCAAUUCUACAUCUCGUGCGCUCAAGUGAAGGUCACCGGCGGCGGCUCUGGAAAGCCCUCUCCUACCACCAAGAUCCCCGGCCACGUCAAGAGCACCGACUCUGGUUACACUGCGAACAUCUACAACAACUUCAACUCCUACGUUGUUCCUGGACCUAAGUUACCAAACCUCGCUGCCUGCUUUGAAGUUCCUCCACACUCACUACAUAUGGCUGCUGGCCCUCCCUUCGGUCAACCUUGGCUUGCGAACGUCGGUAACAACCCCAACAUCAACCGCGAACCUCCACCUCCUCCUACCAACGCCGGCCCGGUACCUCAAGCACAACAUCCGAUUACAGCUGCAGGAGGAGCCCAAGUUGUCGUAGAACAACAACACGCCCCUGUUUACGGUCCUCCUCUACCCAUCGGUAUCGGCGCCCCAGCAUUCGGUGGUGUCGCCAUAGGUGCGUUUCCACCUGUUUUUCCACCCGUCGGCAUCAUGGACCCAUUUAUGAUGGGCGGCAUGAUGGGCGGUUACAUGGGGCCUGGCGGUGGACCACUCGCUCCUGUCCGCGCAGGCAACUUUCUUCCGGGUGCUCAUCACGGUAUAGGCUUUGGUAUGAAUGCCAACGGUGUUCCGUUCCCACCACCACCACCUGGCGCCAUCGCCGGGGUUAUCCCCCCUUUUGCUCCUGCUGCACCGUUAUGGGCGGGUGGAGGUCUCGCAUUCGGAAACGUACCUGCGGUAGGAGGAGUUGGAGUCGGCGGAAUGAUGCCUGGUAUGAUGAUGGGCGGUGGCAUGAUGGGCCCUGGCCUGGCAGGCUCACAACACUUCCGUCCAGCGCCCAUGUUCAUUGACGGAAACCACGGCCACCCAGCUCAGCCUGAACAACAAGACGUUAGUCAGAUUUCCGGUGGUAUCCCUCCGGGUGUCAUGCUGGUUGAAUCGGCUGAACACACCAUCUUCUAUCGCAUCACAGGCAAUAUCUGCCCUUGGCUUUCUCCAGGCACACCACUUACUCUAGAGCCGCUUGCUGCAGCAAGCACUACGGGUCUCAAUCGUCUCAUUCAGAUCUGCAAUGAUGGUACACCAGCUGAUGAAUUGGAGAACUGCGCGGUUACUGAGUGCAUCGAGUUAGCCAAUGGAUUAUGGGAGAAGGGUCAGACGUUCAAGUACAACGAUGCUGUCUCUAGGGUGUUGACUUUGAAAGAUGCUGGAUGGGACAAUACAAGGAAUAGGGCGAACGGCAAUUCCCUUCAUCUUUGGGGCCACCGUAUCUAA